AGAAUACGCAAAAAGGCCGCAGUAGAUCGCCACUGCUCCCAGGAGCCUAAUCCGAUCCAAUACUGCACCUGGAGGGGAUAUGUGUAAAAAAGCAGAUGUCCCUCUCUCGUGGCGGUCGACCACUAUUUUAUACCUAUAGGCUGCUGAACAGUAUGCAAUUGUUUUCAUAUGUCAUCGUCUUCCUCCUAUCUUCCCUACCGCAGAGGAUCCAUGCCGCCCUUCGUUCGUACAAUCUCACGUUACAUCCUGGCACUAGAGCACCAGAUGGGGUGUCCCGCGAAGUUUACCUCAUCAACGAUCAGCAGCCUGGUCCAUUGAUUGAGGCUGUGGAGGGAGAUGACUUAGACAUCUUUGUGCAAAAUAAUCUUCCGGUCGAACAAACAAUCCACUGGCAUGGUCGGUCCCUUCCUCAAGACGGAGUUCUUUGCGCAUCACUUUCGUGUCAUUGAAGUGAGAGACUAAGAGGUGAAUUACAGGCCUUCUUCAACGUGGUACACCAGGCAUGGACGGCGUUCCCGGUGUCACUCAGGUCAAUUGAUUUAGCGCAAACCGGUAGCUUUUACAGUGCUGAUACUGAUGCAGUUUCCAAUUCCGCCCCAAGGGAAUUUCACUUAUCGGUUCUCGACAGGGUCAGAAUAUGGCAUCUAUUGGUAUCACUCUCAUUUCAGAGCCUAUUAUAACGAUGCCGUACGCGGGCCACUUCUAAUACAUCCUUCGCCAUCGCGCCGCCGCCCAUUCGAGAGCCUUGCUCGAGAUAGCACAGAAUUAGAAGUGAUGCUACAAGCCGAGCGAGCCGCCACGCCACUUCUGCUGACCGACUGGUAUCAUCGGCUCUCAGAUGUGAUCUACGAUGAAUACUUUACCACCGGCGCAUUCCCUCAAUGCGUCGACAGCCUUCUCGCAAAUGGAUAUGGAAGAGUACAGUGUCUGCCUGAAAGUAUCCUUCAAGCCGGACCAGGGUUGGGAUUAGAAUCCAUCGUCGCGAGCGAUCCUCAUGACCCUCUGAGUACACCGAUGCCUACAGCGUCUUACACUAUGUCUGAUAUGCUGAUGGAUACAAUGUCAUCAUCGUCCACUUCGAUGGACUCAAUGUCGAUGGAUACGUCCAUGAGCAUGCACAAACGAUCAGAUCAUGCAACAAUCACAGCAGCAGACUCUACAGUCUCUGGUGGUUUGAGCAUGUUGCCGGCCACGAACACCUCCACGUCAUCGAUGGCCACUGUAUCAGGCAUAGCAGACAUGUCCAGUCUUGGUCCCAAAGGUUGCAGUAUGCAAAUGAUGUUCAAGCCAGGCUUCAACGCAAGCUCUCUCCCACCAGAGAUAUGCAGCAACACCACGUCAGAGCAAUUCAUGUUUGAUGUUGAUGCUUCUCAGGGUUGGGCAGCUGUUCAUCUGGUUAACGCAGGUGCCGUAAGCAGACUGAGUGUCUCACUUGAUGGUCACUCCAUGUUCGUCUACGCUGCAGACGGACUCUAUGUGGAGCCGCAAGAGGUCCAGGUUCUACACAUCUCCAUCGGCCAGCGAUAUUCAGUGAUGGUGAGAUUCGAUCAGAAGCCAGGAAAUUACUACCUACGUUUUGCUUCGUAUCCAUACGGCGAUAUGCAGCAAGUCAUCGAAGGCCAAGCGAUCCUGUCCUACCAGACCAAUGGCACCAAUAUGACCAACAUGGGCACAGUGGAUGAUGCCACUUUGACCUGGAUGCUCGUGAAUGGGUCGGCAAUGCUUAACGCUUCCGAGUUGGACGGUCAGAAACUUGCACCCUAUGAGGGAAAUGUGCCCCCAAGCGGGCCAUCAGAUGUGACACAACUCUUUGCCAUUGGGCAAACCGAUGUUGUAACCUGGGUCAUUAACAGCCAACCGUUUUCGGAACCACAAAGACCCAUAUUGUACGGGAAUGCAUCUGAUGGCUGGGACGCUGUUACCACUCUUCACAUGCCCAGCAACUCGACCAUUGAUCUUAUCAUGUACGUUGCGACUGAUUCGAUGGAUACGAUGGGGCAUCCCAUGCACCUUCAUGGUCACAAAUUCUGGCUUCUAGGGUCGGGUGCAGGUGUAUUUCCGUACCUCUCUGUCACGGACGCGCCUUCAUCCAUGAUAAAUUUAAACAAUCCUCCCUAUCGAGACACCAUAGACUUGCCGCCAUCAGGGUGGGCCGUUAUCAGGUAUGACACAAUGCGGCAUGAACUAGGAGUACUGAUAGCGAACACGUUCUAGAUAUAUUACCGACAAUCCAGGAGCUUGGUUAUUCCAUUGCCAUGUGCAGUGGCAUCAAGUGGUAUGUUAUAUAUGGCGACGUCCGGAUUACAGAAGCUGAUGGGCACUUCUUUACAGAGCGGAAUGGCAGUGGUACUUGUUGAGGAUGAGGAACGAAUGCAAAGUAUGGUGGGAUCGAUCGAGGACGCCGCCAAUAAUCCGGACGCGACUGCUCGUGGAACAUCGAUGGCCAGACGUAUUGUGAUUCCCACUCUCUCAUACUCAGUUGCCUUCUACGCAGCAGUAGUGAGCCUUCUUCUUCGUUAGCACAUGGCAAGGACAAUCGAAGUCGUUAUGCUACGAGCGACGUUUUCGGGUAGAGUCACCCAGGGCAAUCAUGCUAGGCUUUCCGGCGCCUAAAGGUAAAGCAGCAGAGAAAGCAGCGAGGCCAGGCCUAAAAUAAGUCUAUACGCAAGCGAUGAAUGGUUUUACAUAGGUCGAUAGAUGCAAGUCUGACUCCGUGUGUGUGGCAGGCCAAGUGUUACGAAUCGCUCCACGCUGGGGUGUCACGAGACAAGGGUUCCUUAGCAAGUGGGAAGUAUAGAGUGUAUAUCCGUAAGAGCACGAGUAUAUAAGCAAGUCGCUAUACUAAAGCGAAGCUAAUCAAUAUCUAAAAUAUAUAGAUAUAAUCGUAAACGAAGUUAACUAUAAGGUAAAG